AUGUUCUGUUUUCUAUGGUGCAUUAAUAGGUCUGCAAGGAGAAAUCUAAGAGAUGGAAGGGUUAUUUUCAGAGGCAGAUUCAAGUUCUCUGAAACUCUUCCUCCUUCCGUUUCUAUCACCAGGGCACAUGAUCCCACAGAUCAAUCUGGGUCAAGUUUUAGCCUUUCGUGGCCACCAUGUUACCAUUCUCACAACUCCUUCAAACGCUCAGUUCAUCCCCAAACACCUCAAAGUUCAUACCUUCAACCUCCCCUCUAACGAAGUUGGUCUUUCUUCUGAGAAUCUAUCCUCUGUAGAAGACAACCGAACCGCCGACAAGAUAUGGAAGGCCACACAAGAUCUGAAACCCCAGAUAGAAACCUUUCUGCAGCAAAACCCUCCUCAUGCUUUGAUUUUAGACAUAAUGUUUCAAUGGAAUUUCACUUCCACACUCAACAUCCCCACGGUGGUUUUCAGCCCCAUCCCCAUCUUUGGUCUUUGCGUUGCUGAGGCCAUCAACAACUGCCAACCCCAAGUGUUGCCUUCGGACUCUUCGCUUUCUUUUGUCGUCCCUGGUGCUCUUCCGCACAAUAUCACGCUUAACUUCAACCCGUGGAAUACCAGCUUCCUCACCUUGGCUCGUAUUUUAGUGCAAGCCAAGGAAAACAACACUAUUGGGGUUAUUGUGGAUACCUUUGCAGAGCUCGAAGGUGGGUACACUGAGUACUACGAGAAACUCACCGGCGUUAAGGUGUGGCACGUUGGCAAACUCUCUCUGAUGGUGGAUUAUUACCAAAGAAGACGCACAAUAUCACAAGAGAUUAAUCAUGUUGAUGAGCAUGAAUGCCUGAACUGGCUGAGCUCCAAGGAACCCAGGUCAGUGGUGUACGUAUGUUUUGGAAGCUUGUCUCGUCUGAGCAAAGAGCAACAUAUGGAGAUUGUACGAGGGUUGGAGGCCUCAGGGUACAAUUACCUCUUGGUGGUUCCAGAGAAUGUGAAUGAUGAUGGGAUUGAAGAAAGGAUGAGGGAAAAUGAGAGAGGGAUGGUAGUGAGAGGGUGGGUUCCACAAUGUUUGAUAUUGAAGCAUGUUGGCAUUGGAGGGUUCUUAACACAUUGUGGGGCUGGUUCGGUGUUGGAGGGGAUUUGUGAGGGGGUGCCUAUGAUAACCAUGCCAAGGUUUGGUGAUCAUUUUUUGUGUGAGAAGUUGGUGACUGAGGUGGUUGGGAUUGGGGAGAGUGUGGGGGUUUGGGAAUGGAGCAUGUCACCCUAUGAUGUGAGGAGGGAACUGGUGGACUGGAAAAGAAUUGAGAGUGCUGUGAGAAAGGUGAUGAAGGAUGAAGGAGGGUUCUUCAGAAAACGAGCCAAAGAGUUGAAGGAAAAAGCACACAAAGCUGUUCAAGAAGUUGUGCGUUUGUCAUUCUUUUUCAACAAAGUAUGUUUGUGCUUUGAAGAGAAGAAUAAAAGGAGAAAUGUACAAAGUACGCCUCAUGCAGAAUCUGACAUGAACACUGCCUUUGUAAGCCCGAGAGGCAUGUACAACAACCAAUCUAGUGUGCAGAGGUUUGUGAGGGUCUGAUCGCGAAAGUGUUACAAGAGCAAGGCGCAUAGAACCCCAUACACAAGAAAUAGAGCGAAACACGAGUGAUUUUUGUAUUGAAUUGUUAUAGAAAAGAAUACAAAAUUGUACAUAGAUGAACAAGUUAGGUGAAGGCCGGAAAACAAGUGUAGGCCAUUUUGUA